AUGGCCACAGGGGCUCCCCUUCUAGGGAUCCUCCUGGCACUUCACACCAAGGGCCCACUGCAAGUGAUCCGCGACACCCAUGCAGAGAUGGGGAGCGUGUUCACAGUGAGACUGUUGCAUCGCAAGGUGACCUUCCUGGUUGGGCCAGAUGUGUCUAGCCAUUUCUUCCAAGGGCUGGACUCAGAGAUCAGCCAGGACCAGGUCUCACAGUUCACCAUUCCAACCUUCGGCCCCGGUGUGGCCUUCGACGUAGACUUCGCCACUCGCCGCGAACAAUUCCGCUUCUUCGGCGACGCGAUGAAGCCGGCCAAGCUCAGGACCUACGCCCGGCUCAUGGUGCAAGAAGUCGAGGAUUUCUUUGCGAAAUGGGGACCGACCGGCACGGUUGACUUGAAGCAGGAGCUAGAGCACCUCGUCACGCUCGUCGCCAGCCGGUGCUUGUUCGGGGAGGAGGUCCGGGCCAAGAUGCUUGCCGAGGUCGCAACGCACCUCCGGGAACUCAACGAUGGCAUGCGCCUCGUCACUAUCCUGUUUCCGCACCUGCAGAUACCAGCGCACCGCAGACGCGACACGGCGCGCGCUAGGCUCGACGAGAUAUUCUCCGGCAUCGUCAGCUCCCGCAAAACAAGCUACCCCGACGGUGGCCCAAACGACAUGCUGCAGUGCCUGAUCGAUUCCAGCAAACAAGCUCCAGCACGGGCACGCCUCCUCGUGCGCGCCAACGCAAAUCACCUGCACGCUGCCGUCCAAGAGCAAGAGCGAAUCAUGGAGCGGCACGGGGACCGCGUGGACUACGAGGUCCUGCAGGAGAUGGAAACCCUCCACCGCUGCAUCAAGGAGGUUCUGCGGCUCCACCCGCCGGCGAUGAUGCUGCUGCGCCACGCGCGGCGGAGCUUCACCGUGCAAACUAAGGACGGCGACGUGUACGAAGUCCCGGAGGGGCGUACGGUCGCGAGUCCGCUGGUGAUCCACAACCGUCUUCCGCAUGUGUACAGGGACCCGGAGAGGUAUGAACCGGACAGGUUUGGCCCCAUCAGAGGGGAGGACGGGGCUGGCGGAGCGUUCGCAUAG